AUGUCGGCGGGCCAGGAGAACGGUGCGGAUUCGGACAGUGUUGCGGUGUCCGGCAGCAUAUCAGACAACGACGUAUUAGGACCCCAUCUAGUGAGCGAGUUUUCAUCGGCGUCGGUGAAAUUCUCAAAUUCAACGGGACACGUUCUCGACUGCCAAGUGCGUGGGCAGCCUCCACCCUCCGUCCGUUGGUUCUAUCUGACAUCCAGUGGAUUUGAACAGGAAGUCUCUCCAGUGGAUCGGCUUCGGACAAUUGUCACUUCGAACGGAUCACUUGUCUUCCCUCCGUUCCAAGCGGUGCAAUUCAGACCCGAUGUCCAUAACGUGGCUUAUCGCUGUCGAGCUUCAAACAUCUUCGGCUCGAUCGCCAGCACUGUGAUCCACGUCACUGCAAUUGUCGAGCAAUACUUCGAAGUGCAAGUGUACGACGAAUUCACGAUAGCUGGGAACACGGCUGUGCUACGAUGUCAUGUGCCCUCAUUUGUUCGGGACUAUAUCGUCGUAACCGGAUGGCAAGCGAAGCCUCCAACUUCUCCAAAAGUGCAACCCAUCGAUAAUGAUGGCCGCUACAGUAUUUUCUCGACGGGCGAGCUCCACGUGCGCAACGUCCAGACAUCGGAUGGGCUGACAAACUUUCGAUGCGUAACCAAGCACCUACUGACAGGUGAAACAAAACUGAGCUCUUAUGGACGAUUGAUCGUCACGGAUCUCAAGAUCAACGUGCCUCCGAAAAUGACAGAUAUCAAAGGAGCUGUGAUAGCGAGCGCAGGCGAAGAUCUCGAGCUCCCUUGUGCGGCCCAAGCUUUCCCGGCGCCCAAGUACGCGUGGUACAAGGCAAUGGGCGAGAGUCUCACCACCCUUCCGAGUCAUCGAUAUCUUCUCAAGGGAGGCUCGCUCUUGCUACAGAAGGUUCGUUCGAGCGACGCCGGCAAGUACGUCUGCAUUGUCAGCAAUCCGGUGGGCGAGGAGCGUGCUUUCACCAGUCUCCAGGUUACCGCUCCUCUCCGAGUGGCUCUUGUGCCUCAUGUUCUGACGGUUCACAUCGGGAAGAGCGCGGUGCUCAAUUGCUCAGUGAGCGAAAACCACGUCGAGGUCAUCCAGUGGCUCAAGGACGGACAGCCCAUCCCAUCGAGCGAGCGUUUUGAAUUUCUAUCGAAUAAUCGAAUUCUCCACAUCAACUCGAUACAGCGCCACGACGGCGGCAUGUAUCAGUGUCUAGUGACGGACAAUCAGGGCGCGACCGCCCAAGGAACUGCGCAGCUCACCCUCGGAGAUUCGGCCCCGGUCAUCGUCGAGAGCUUCAAAAGCGUCACCUUGAAAGUAGCUGAAGCCGUCACGCUCAAAUGCAGUGCAACAGGCUCCCCUGCUCCGUCACUGAAUUGGUUUCUCGACGGAGAUCAAAUAUUCCCAAAUCGAGGGAGAUUCCCUAUCAACUCGUUCGGAGUUCCGGGCGACAGUCGCUCGGUCGUCAGUUACGUGAACAUCAGUCGGGCGCAGGUCGAGGAUAGCGGAAUGUGGACUUGCGAGGCUACUAACAGCGCCGGCUCAGUGCUUUUUUCGGAUCGCGUUAACGUGCACGGAAAUCUCGCGAUUCGACCGAUGGCGAACACGUCAGCUGUCGCCGGGAAAGACGUCGUUCUCCAUUGCCGGGUUACUGGAUACCCAAUCGAAUCCAUCGUCUGGAGCAAAGGUGCUCGACCCUUGCCUUUGCAUCAUCGACAGAAGGUCUUCCCCAACGGCACUCUGAUCAUCUUCUCGGUGACGACGGAAGAUGCCGGACAGUAUUCGUGCUUCGCCAGAGGAAACGACAACAAUGCCACAGCAAGUCUCUUCAUGAUUGUCAAAGUGCCGCCCCUAAUCGAGCGCUUCGCUUUUGACGAGAACCUCUACGAAGGAAUGAGAACCAGAGUCUACUGCAACAUCGCCCGCGGGGAUCAGCCCAUCUCGAUCAAAUGGCUAAAAAACGGACAGCCGCUCAAUUCGGGAGCACAACUGCAAGUGCGGACACUGGAUACGUUCUCUUUGGCCCUCGUGAUCGACUCCUUGAAUCCGGCGCACAACGGCAACUAUACGUGCAUGGCGUCGAACGACGCCGCGGUGGUGAAUUCUACGGCUCAGCUUCUCGUACACGUCCCACCGCACUGGGUGCGAGAACCGAAAGAUUCGUCCGCGGUCGAAGGCCACAGCAUUCACAUUGACUGCAUGGCAACCGGACAUCCGAUGCCCAGGAUCAUAUGGCAACGAGGAGGCGUUGAUCGCCAAUCUUCAGAGUACAAACAAAUACUCAGCGGUCCGGACUACCAGAUCUUCGAAAACGGAACGUUACGAAUUUCGAUUGUGCGUUAUCAGGACCGGGGACCCUACCUCUGCCAAGCUGCCAACGGGGUCGGAUCCGGUUUGAGCACAGUGGUUCAACUCAACGUUCAAGUUCCUGCUCGUAUCGAACACGCUGUCCACAACAAUACGGUGAAGCUCAACGAUAAAAUGGCCUUGAACUGUCCCGUGAGAGGCGACCUUCCCAUACGAGUGAAAUGGUCGAAAAACGGUCAACUGCUCACGAAGGAAUCCAACCUUUACGGCGUUCACGAGAAAACUUCGGCUCACGGUCUCAUCUCAUCACUGAUCGUCCACAAAGUCGUUCGAAGCGAUUCUGGAACGUUCACUUGCAGCGUAUCGAACAACUUCGGAAACGAUGAGAUGCAGGUCCGCUUGUAUGUUCAAGAACCUCCCGAGCCGGUCGAGGGAUUCAACAUCACGAGCGUGAGCAGCCGGAGCGUCAACGUCGUAUGGAGAGAACCCUACAACGGCAACAGUCCGCUCAUCUACUACGUCAUACAGCACAAGAACAGUACAGACGUUCCUUGGGAGUCGGGACGCGUCGUGAACGUAACUGUUCCGGCAUCGGAACAAACUAGCUGGACGGUGCGGAGUUUAAGUCCUGAUACGAUCUACUACUUCCGCAUCAGUGCCGUAAACGAAAUCGGUGUGGGAGCUCCUUCGACGAACCUCGUUAAGAUGCGUACCGAGGAAGAGGUUCCCGCUGGGCCGCCAACGAACGUUUACGUGCAAGCCGUGGGUCCCAACUCGCUUCGCGUCUCGUGGAAUCCGCCGGUCGACGAAUUGCGAAAUGGAAAGAUCAGAGGAUACUACGUUGGGUACAAAUUGCACAACUCGAGUGAGCUACAUCUUUACAAAACAAUCGAUGCCAACAGCAUGAAGAACGGAGGCAUGCUCGGCGAGUGUUUCCUCAACAACCUUCGCAAAUUCACAAAAUACAGCAUCCUGCUCCAAGCUUACAACUCUAUCGGAGCGGGUCCACGCUCCGAUGAAAUCGUCGUGUCCACUGCCGAAGACGUUCCGCAAUUGGCCCCGACCGGAGUCUUUUGUCAUCCGCUGUCUACAAACUCGAUAAAGGUCUCCUGGAAUGCGUUGGAUGCCUCGAAGCUGAACGGAAUUCUGCGCGGCUACCAGGUCAUCUAUCAACUUGUCGACUCGCUCAAAAUCGGACAGCGGGAUUCGGACGAAGUGGCUACAUCGUUACUCGUCGACGGCCUCGAAGUGUUUACGAACUACUCGAUACGGGUGGCCGGGAUUUCGGGUGGAGGCGUCGGACAACAGAGUGAGCCUGUUUUCUGCAAGACGCACGAAUCAAUUCCUGAAGAGCCUGAGGACAUCAAGGCCUUGGUGCUAGCGCCUGACGCGAUCAUUUUGAGCUGGCGACCGCCGCGGAGACCGAACGGCAUUAUUCAAUCGUACACCGUUUACGGACGUCUCAAAGAUAACAACAGUAAGGAUAGUUCCCGGAGGGUGUCAGUUCCAGCGGGGCAACUGUUCCACGAAAUGCGGAAUCUACGUUCCGGCCAGAGGUUCGAGUUCUGGGUGAGCGCUUCGACCGCGGUUGGUGAAGGACCCCCAAGCAAAAAAGCUCUUCAAACUCCCGACGUCAAAGCUCCGGCUCGAGUCGCCUCGUUCAGUCGGGCGGUGUCCGUCGUUCAGAAACAGGACGUGGAGCUUGACUGUCGCAUCGCGGGAUUACCCCUGCCUCAGAGGACGUGGAAAGUCAACGAGAGAAUUAUCUCAAGCGGCAGCCCUCGCAUCAAGUUCCUCGGCACGGGCGCCAUUCGCAUCGAAAACGUCAAGGACAGCGACGCGGCUAACUAUUCCUGCCACGUCUCCAACUCUUAUGGCAAGGACCACGUGGAAUACCACCUCUCCAUCGCGUCGGAUCCGAGCACUGUCUUGCCCCCGAAGCCGCACGACGUGGAAGUAGUCCGAACAUCGUACAACAGCGUGAUACUGUCCUGGCUUCGAAAAAACACCUCGUCCCCGAUUUCGCACUUCGAGCUGCACUACAGCCGAGAGGCGGGAUCUUGGGACAAGGUGAAGGUGCCGGCGGGUGAAGGUGCAUCUAAAAGAAUGUCGCACGAGCUCAUGGGCCUGUAUUGUGGUACUCAAUACCAUCUGUACCUCGUCGCUCACAACCCCAGCGGGCACAGCGAAGCCAGUGAAACGGUUUCGGCGAAGACUCUAGGGGACAAGCCGCGCUCGCCCAAGAAAGAAUACUUCAUUGUGUCAAACUCCACCUCUCUCACUUUGCGUCCAUCCUCAUGGGAUGAUGGAGGUUGUCCCAUAUCCCAUCUCACCAUCGAAUAUUGCCCUCGUUCUUCAAGCAGCAACCACAACCAGUGGAUCGUGGUGUCUAGGAACCUCAGUCCGGACGAGGGUCCCAUGACGUUGCAUGAUCUCAAGCCCGAGACGUGGUACAGUGUUCGGGUUACGGCAACCAACGACGCAGGCAGCACCGUUGCCGAAUUCCCCGUCAGGACGUUCUCGAACUCGCACGUAACACCUGAGCUGAUGGUGCACGAUCAGAGUUAUGAAGAACUUGCCUUGGUCGUGCCCUUGGUCGUCAUUGUGCUGGUUAUUGUUGCGGGGGUUCUCACUUCGGCGGCGUUGCUGUUUUGUUGCAAGAACAAGGCAACGGCACUGGCCUUCUUCAAACCUCAAGGAAUGUCAGUGAUGCAACGGGAGAGCCUGUCGAUAAGUCCUGCCGACACGGCCCUGAUGGAAGCCAAAGCAAAUCAAGAAGUUACUCGACAGCUCUGCCUCGGUUUGGGAUCGCCUAAUCGUAGAAUCGCUCCCUCGGCUAUGCAGCAUGCUGGUUCGAUGGACGACCUGUCCUCGUUCGGUGUGUACGACGACCUUCAGAAACCAGGGGUCGUUCAGAACAACCAAGUUAGCCAGCAAACUCUUAGUAUGCUCACAAGUCCCCAUCUGGCUGGCGCAGGAAAGCCUCUCAUGAUGACGGCUACGCUCAACCGCCACAAAAGGCGUCCGCCGCCAUUUUCCAAAGCCGUUAGCAACGAUGAUAUCCUCUGUGAGAAAUCCAAUACUGCGCAAAGCAAUCACUACGACAACCCGAGGAGCAAGAAUUGGGAGAACGGCACAGCCUCAAACAGCCGUCCGUUUCUUCUGAGCGGAGGCCACGAGUGCAAGCCUAUCGCCAUGGAAAUUUUCGACUACGAGGCGCCCAACAUGCCCAAGAAGGAUUUGAGAACGCACACAAUGGCGUCGACUUCAUGGCGAGACGCGGAUCGCUUCGAACCACGAGCCCGAAUGGACGACCACUUCUACUUCGAUAAUGAAGACUGCACGACGAAAUUCGAUGGAGAGUCUUCAUGCGAUGGCGCGGAGCAGAGCCACGACAGCGGCGCCAGCGACGAUGCGACCAGCAGAGGCGACGCGAACAGUGCCUACUUUUCGUCGUACCGAGUUGUUCUUCCACCUCAAGAGCGCAAGUUUUUAUGA